AUGAGUCACCCGCUUUCCUUCGAUCAAUCAGAAGCCAUCCUCUCCCCAAGCAAUGAUUCGCCCCGGUAUUCUCGAAGUAACACGUCAGCGCGCUCCGGAGCUCGCUCGGACGGCGGGCUUGGGAUCUUGGCGCUCACGAGCCGCCUCCUGGGCGACAUCCCGCAUUUCCCGCCGCAGUGGUCGGGGCUGUUCCUAAUCGGAUUGCUACUCUCACUGUCCUGGUUGGCGGGCCGCGUGCGGUUCGGCAUCCUGCCCGUGCUGUUAGUGUGCCUGUUCGUGUACCAUGAGGUAUCCAAGCGGCAGCGGGUGCGCGAGGUGAAAGCAGCGAGGGUGGCGGCGCUACAGGCGGUGCUGCAGCGGCACCCCAUGGGCGACCAAGAGACGGCGCACUGGUUGAACGCGCUCGUGCAGCACGCCUGGCCCGUCUUUCUCGAGCGCCUGCUGUCCACCCAGCUCGCCCCCGCCCUCGCGCCCUGGUUCUUUGAGAAAUAUCGCCCCUGGCAGGCGGUGAGUUGGGGCAUCGGGGCGCAAGGCGUGGCUGGAGCAGGUGUAUCUGAGGUGACUCUUGCCUCGACUCAGGCAAACCCCCCAACCCCCUUUCUCCCCCGCUCUUCCCCCUCUCUCCCCCUUUCUCUCCCACGUGCAGCGCAAGGCGUGGCUGGAGCGGGUGUAUCUGGGCACGUCGCCGACUCGCUGCCCAUCAUUGCUGCUGUAUCCGGGCAAUUCAACUCAGACCCGCCCUUUUUUAUCCCGCUCCUCCCCUCUCUCUCCCCCCCUCACGUGCAGCGCAAGGCGUGGCUGGAGCGGGUGUAUCUGGGCACGUCGCCGCCCAUCGUUGCUGCUGUCAGGGUCGUGCACACCAACACUCUCGACGACCACGUGGUCAUAGAAGCAGACACCGAGUUCGCAGCGUGCAGUGACAUGUACGCGCUGGUGGGGGUGAAGAUGCGGCGGCGUGUGGCGCUGGGCAUGGUGGCUCAAGGUCACGUGUCGGGCGUGCACAUAGAAGGGAAGACUAGGAUUGGGAUGCGGUUCACCUCGGAGUUCCCGUACGUGAGCCGCGUGCGCGUGAGCUUCGUGGGGGCGCCAUUCAUCGGACUCACUGUGAAGCCUGCGGCCCACUUUGGCUUUAACCUCGCCGACCUGCCCUUCUUCAGCUCCUGGCUGGACGAGAUGCUAGCAACAGCACUGGAGUCGUCAAUGGUGGCCCCCAACAUGCUCGUGCUCGACGUCGCCCGCCUCGCCCACCUCUUCCUCUCGCCCCCCUCCCUUCCUCCUGCCGCUCCCACUGCCUCUCACCCUCCUCACCCUUCACAUCACUUUUCGCACCACACUCACUGCCCUCACUGCACUCACUGCUCCGAGCAAGCGAGCCAGGCAGCAUUCGCUGCUCCCCAUCCGCUCCCCCCACUCACCGCCGCUCUCCACGUCGACUCCUCCCGCCCAGUGGCCUUCGUGGCCGUCGAAAUCAUCGAGGCGCGGCACUUAAAGCCCGCGAACCUGGAUGGCACGUCGGACGCGUACGUCAAGUGCGCGCUGGGAGCGGCGCGCUUCACCACGCGCAUCGUGUGGGGGUCGCUGGACCCGCAGUGGUUCGCCGAGUUCAUGGCGCCGGUUUUUUCUUGGCGCCUCAGCAACCUGCUCGUGCUGAGAGUGCUCGACAAAUCCUUCCUCUGCUCCAAGGACCUCGGCUAUUGUGUGGUGGACGUGGGGAGGUAUCGGCAGGGCGGCAGGCGGGAGAUGUGGGAGACGUUGAGAGGGGUGGGGCGCGGUCGAGUGCGGUUGGCGGUGACUGUGAUCAGUACAGAGGAAGCAGAGAGGAGGGAGGAGGAGGAGGUGAGGGGGGUGAGAAGCAAGGAGAGUGAGGGGAGGGAGAGGAAGGAUAGAGAAGCGGAUGGGGGUGAGGGGCGGGAGGGGAAGGAGAGGCAAGUGGGUGGGGAGGUUGGGUCAGGAAGAGAGCCCAAUGCUGGUGGUGGGAAGGCAGGAGGGGGGAGUGAAGCGAAGGAAGAAGGAGGUCCGAAGGGAGAGGGAGAUGAUAGGUCGAGGAAGGCGGGCAAUGGGGAGCACAUGGGACUGCGAAGGAGGAUGAGGGGGAGGAGGAGAACGGGAGGGGAGUCUCUGGACUGGGAACAGGAGAGUCGGAAGAAGCAGGAGAGGGUGGAGGAGAGAGGGGAGGAGAAGAGAGUGGAGGGGGAGGUGGGGGAGAGGGAGAGAGAGGUGGUCGAGAGAGGGGAGGGUGGGAGGGCUGACGAGGUAGUGAACGGUGGUGGCGUUGGUGAUGGUGGAUGUGGGAAUGGUGGUGGUGCUGCGACUGGCGGUGAGAGAGAGGGGAGGGACAGCGGAGAGGGACGGCCAAGGCUGGACCGUGGCUUUCCUCUCAAUCGCCCCAACCUGCUUCCGCCAAUACGCGUCAGCCACGUGGCAGAACAUGACAGGCCGCCGGUCACCGAGAUGAGAUAUGAUUCUUUGCGGCGUUUCCACCCAUGUAGCUCAUUCCUGACUGCCCCUGGGUUGUCCGAAGGGCAGCAUCGACGCUCUCUGCUGUCCCCCUUCAGUGGGGCGCAUGAGCAUGGGGGCUUCGCUAUGAUGUCUCCUGACAGUGGCCCACAUGGGGGUUCUCUCACUGCUGCUGCCUCCUUCAGCGCUCCUACCACUCCCACUGGCAGGGGCAGAGGCAGAGGCCGAGGGGACAUGGGAGAGGAUGUGGUGGAGGGGAAAGGAGGAGGAGGAGGGCCGUACUCUCCUCUCGAAGGCUUGUCUGGUGGUGGUGGUAAUGCUGCUGCUGCUGGUAGUGCCGGCAGAGUGUCCGGCACACACCAAGGCAACCCUGUGAGUCGCAUCAAAAGCAUCCACGCAGCAAGCUCAGCAGGCAAGCAAGCCUCCACCACCUCCUCCUCGUCAUCUAACCACACCGGCCACACUCCCAACUCUGGCAUUUACUUCGUGACUGAAAAUGGCAUAGUGGAUGGCACAGUGGAUUCUUAUGAAGGGUUCGCCACAGCAGGGGACUUGUGGGAGGGGAGCGAGGAGGGCGGGGAGGGGGAGGAGCCUCCCAGCCCGUGUUUGUCAGAACCGUCGCUGUCUGUGCUGCGUGGGAUGGCGUCAGGACAGGCGUUCGGGUGGUGGGGUGACGAGGAUGGGGAGUGGUGGGAGACGGCGGGCAAGAGACAAGGGGAAGAGGAGUCUUUGGAGCGACAGGGGCAGAGGCAGCAGCAGCAGCAGCAGCAGCAGCAGCAGCAGCAGCAGCAGCAGCAGCAGCAGCAAGAGGAACGGCCACGGCCACGUUUGGAGCGAAAGGCAGCGCUUUCUUUCCGCACCCGCAUGCAGCUGGAGCGACAGCAGGAGCAGCGCGAUUCAGAAGCAGCCGAAGCAGCAGCAGCAGCGGCACACGCCAAAGCAGUGGCCGCCGCUGCCAGCACAGCACGCCAGCUGGACAGAGACGAGCUGGCGCUGCUCUCAAGGCUCCACGUGGACCAAUCAGAGGAGGUCAACAUUCAGGGGGUCCCGGCAGGCUCGGGUAUUUUGAAGGUCGUUCGGCCCGGAGCUGACCCCGGACCUGAGGCUUGGAAGUGCCGGCAGGGAGGGAGGAAGGCCGAGGCUGAGGCUCGGGAAAGGUUUGUGGAGGAGGAGCAGGAGGGGACGGUGCUGGGUGGACUGGUGAAGGCUUAUCUGAGUGAGAGCUUGCACGGGGGGAGAGUGGGUAGUGUGGGUCGGUCACAGGGGGGUAGAUCAGUUGGGGGGGAUGGUGGGAAGGCAGGUUUGAAUGGGGAGGAGCGGAAACGAGGGCGGUGGAUGGGGUUGUUUAAACAAUGGAACAAGGGGAAGCAGGAUAGUGUGGCAGGCACAGAUGACGCAGCAGGGGCAUCAAAGAGGGAUGGAGUGGGCGAGGAGGAGAGGGAAGGAGCGAGAGAGGAGCAUGUGUGGGAGAGGAGAGAGGAGGGAGUGGAUCAGAAUUAUUAUGAAGAAAUGGAGGUGGAGGAGGAGAGGGAUGCUUUGGAGGAGGAGAGGGAGGCAUUAGAGGCAAUGGCGUUGGAGAUGUUGGAUGGGUGGCAGGAUGAUGUGGUGGGAGGGGAUGCUAUCAGCAGGAGCACCACAUCAACUACCUUCCCCACCUCGCAGAGCCACCUGCGCCUCACCAGAGAGCUCAUCAAAGCCUGCCACUAG